AUGGCAUCAUUCCUUUCUCAAAUAUCAGAAACUACUGGUUUCCUAUUCCAGAACUUCGUCAACGUCAAAGCUGGAGCAUCGCCAUCCUCAGCCGCGCAGGCUCUAAGCUCCCACGAUAGCCGUCCGUUCACAAUCCUCGUGAAGAGAGAAGGUCACUCCAACAUAUGGCACUCUCUCAUGGAGAUAUGGUCAAUGGUCAUGUCCCUCGACGUCUUGCGGCUCAGUCACGACGGCGACAACCUCGACAAACCUUUCUUCACGAUCCCCGGGGACGUUCCACGAACCCAAGUCGUCUUCUUAGACAACCAAGAAGAAGGACCUCUAUACCCCUUAUGGGGUAUGUUUGCGGGUCGUGAGCCGCUUCGCCUCAGCAAGGUCUUGGAAGACCCGGCACAAGCCCAAACCCUCGCCGAGACGCCUCAGAACGUCAUCAUUCCCCUCGCCGGAGGGAGCAACCCUCUAUGGCAGAACGACUGGGAGGAUAGAGACUGCAAGGACGCACCGCUGCUGAAGGUCUUUACGCGACGAGUGAUGCAGCAAUUUGGCGUCGGAUUCGAGACGGGGCGGCGACAAGGCAAACCACUCAACGUCACCCUCAUCGACCGACGGGGCUCUCGCAAGCUCCUGGACCAGGAAGUCUUACUAGACGCAGCACGGAAAGCGUUCCCCGAUGCCAACUUCCAGGCAAUCGAUCUGGGAGCGGCGACCUUCUCCGAGCAGCUUCGAAUCGUACAGUCCACCGAUAUCCUGGUAGGCGUUCACGGCGCGGGACUGACGCACACGAUGUUUCUACGGGAGAACGGCGCCGCGGUCGUUGAGAUACAACCGUCGAGCAUGUCCCACAAAGGAUUCAGAAAUGUGGCGCAGAUGUUGGGCCACAAGUACUUCAGCACCCAUGCCGAGAUGGUGGGACAUGAGGAUGAUAACGGCAGGAGGAGAGGUCUUGUCCGACGAGACAGAUGGCACUGGGCCGAUAUUCGGAUCGAGGAGGGUGCCUUUCUUGAAUUGAUUGGACAAGCCGUCGAGGCCAUGAGAGAAUAG